AUGCUGGUCGCUCACCCCAGACUGAGCCGUUCGACUACAACAGUCUGGCGGGAGUUGAGUCUCACUUCUGUCACUGUGCUGCUACACUGGGCCACGUGGGAGUCGGCUCAGUUGUGCGUCAACUCCAAGUUGCGUACUCCCCUGGGCAAGCCUGUCGACACCUUCAUGGCUUUUGAAGGUGUGCUGAAAUCUCUGGCGAGGCAAACCGUGGGUUCACAGACUACAGACACAACAGAUGAGUUUGAUGUUUGCCGAGUGCGGUUACUGCUCGAACUCGUGGAGCAGCUAGAGAAGGCGAUGUACAAUGCUUCAGAUGGCACAGCCUCAGCUCUUAUUGCUCCAUCAAAAAGUAAGUCAACGUUUGAAACCGGAUCCACACUGUGCAUCCAAUACUUUAGAUUGUUUAGACAUUGGCCGGUACGCUCGUUCUUCCACACCAACAAGAGCACAUGCCACGAGUGGCUGAGCCGUAACAGGAGCGCUGUAGUGGCAGUGGCCCUGCGCGCUGGCAUGGCAUCGUGCGCCGUCCGGCACGGCUACACACUGCUGCAAGACCUCCUAGACCUGGGCAACACUAAGGGAUCAGAGUUUGAGAAUGCUGUGCUGCAAGUGGCUUGGGCGUUGUUGAAGCUGAAGCAGUCAGAGCCCAUACAAGGACUGUACGUUUGGUGUCGGGACAUCAUCGAAUCAAGUUCCCCUGUCUAA